AUGAAUGACAUCGCUAAAGUAAAAUUCUAUACUUUGGAAGAAAUCUCGAAGCACGAUGGAAAACAAGACGCUCGAACAUGGAUAAUAAUAAGAGACGUUGUUUACGAUGUAACGAAUUAUUUAGACAAUCAUCCCGGCGGUGGAGAAUUGAUAACAGAAUGGGCGGGUAAAGAUGGCACGAAAGACUUUGAUGACUUUGGACAUUCAUUGGACGCAAAAAAAGAACUGAAAAAACUCAAAAUCGGUGAAGUGGUAGAAGAAGAAAAGAAAAAUAAAAAGGAUAACAAUAAGCAAUUAGUGAAACAGAAGAAUGAGAAAGUGGUAGUUACUCUAGAUAAUGUUCCUGAGAAAAAUUGUCUUUCUAUAUUAACGUGCGGUAUAUUAACUUAG